AACAAAACAAAUAUAAAUUAAAUGAAAUUUCAUCAAGAAAUAUUCAAUUAUCUUCAAAUUAAUCACAAAAAUGUCAAAAUUAAGGAGUGUCGAAACCACAUUGACUUCAUGGGAAGCUUUCAACUACAUUUUACAUGGACUUGUAAACGAAGCAAUCGAAGUUUUCCAAUUGGAUCCAAAAGUAAAAUUAACCGCCUUUCAAAUAUGGACUGCUUACCUGAGGAAACACGAAUCUGCCUUUUAUAAUGACCAAGAAAGAGUUUUGCCGAAAUUGCCAAAUACAUUUUUUCAAGCUGACUAUAAUGUUAUUUCUAAUAUGGCAAAAAAACGGAAAUUAUCAGAAAACGAAGAAGCCCAUGGAAAUAAAAUUCCAAUUUCAGAAGCACAAAGCUUGAUAAAGAUUAAACGGAGGAAUAAGAAGUUCCGAUAUAGAAUUUGCAAAUUGGGGAGGCUUGUCUUGUUUAUUAUCAUAUUCUGUGCCAUUAACCACUCAUAUCCCUCGUUUCAACCAUCAGACUUUCUUCGUGCAAUUGAUGAAGGAAGAUUCUCUUAUUAUGAAUGUCGUCAUUUUCUACCGGAAAACUUAAGUGAAGAGGAAAAAUUAUAUUUUAAUCAGUUGUAUGCCACAUGUAUCUGUGGUUGCUUAACGCAUUUGACAUUUUGUAGAUAUCUUCAUCAAUUUUCUGUGAUUUACAAAGUUUAUCUGAACCCCCCAAAUUGGUACAUUUUAUUCGAACAAUACGUGACGGAGCUGGCUUUGCCAAAGGAAGUUUACAAAUUCGUGGAAAGACUGUUCAGCAUUUGUCCAACGGAUUUUGAGCUAAGAAAAUAUACGUCAGGUGUUGUUGAGAGUCUUCCAUAUUAUGAUGGGCGAGCGAUGGCGUACAUCAUUUUCGCGUUGAAAUUAAUUUUUGGCCUUAACGGAGUCACGGAAUCAGCAAUGUCGGCAUCUGCAAAAAAAGUAAACGCAUUUAUGGAAGAAAAAAAUAUCAAAUCUCGUAAAUUGUUCGUUUGGAGUGAAUGGGUCGAAUAUUUGGAGGCGAGAAAAUUGUUACUUCUUAAAUACAACGGGCAAUUGCAUUUUCAAUCAGAAAAUAAGGGUAACGACUACCUUUCUUCUCGUGUAACUCCUCAUUUCUCAAAUUUGAAAGAAAAUGUAUACAACUACCAUCCAAAAGAAAAAAAAUUAAAUGCAGAGGAGAUGAACAAAUUAUCGAAAGAAGACAGGCGCCAUCUAAAAUAUCGUAAUUUUGCAAGAAAACUCAUGGAAAAAAAGCAAAACUCAAAAAAUCCGAGUCCAAAAAUCGAAUUUCCUCCAUCGCUGACUCCAAAUACGACAAAUCUCGAAGUUUUGCGAUCAUCUAUUGCUCUUCCCGAAAUUUUAAAUGAAGAUUUUCGCCUGCGAAACAUAAAAUACCUCAUAAAAGGCUCAAAAUUGAAGAAAAAAUUUCGUAAAAAUGGAUUUGAAGUGAAAUCUGUUGAGGCUCCAAGCAACAUAAGUAUGACCUAUAUCACAUACAAAAAAAGUCGAAAAUUAUUCAAACGAAGUGCCAAAUUAAUAGAAUACAUAUUUUCUACUGAUGAACAGACUUACCUUGAAAAUUUAAAAAAAGAGGCAAAACUUAAAGAAACCAAUAUUAAAAAAGCGCGACAUGAUCCGAUGAUGAAACAAAAGGAAAUUAGCUCAAAACAAAAAAUUAAAAAAAUCAUGAAAAAGAAAAGAGCAUCAUACAUACCAAAUGAAGAUGAUUUUUUCUCAGAAAUCGAGUCUUCGAGUGACUCAGAGCCAGAUUCUGACACCGAUGUAACGUACCAUCGACCAAAUUUCGAGUAUUGGACUUACAUUGAUCGUCCUGAUUCCUUAUCAAAAGAUAUAUAUGAUCUCCUGUCAGUUGAAUUUCCAUAUAUUUUCAAGUGGUUGCUCGAAACUUGCUCUGCGAUGCUACAAAUGAAGCCAAUUUUCCUUUAUUUUGAAUUAUUGACGAUUGAAGUUCAGUUUUUGUACAUUCUGAAGCCAAUGUAUAAGAUUAAAAACGAGUUAAAGUACCAAAAUUUACAGGAAAUAGAGAGUUCUUUGAGAGGAAUGUUAAGAAGUCUGCAUAAUAAAUUUAUAGAUGGGAAUAUUAUGAUAUAAAAAUAUAUAUGGAUACGAAA